UUUCUUCUCCUUUUAACUUCCUCCCUCCCGUGUCCGGUACAUACAAUUUGUCAGCCGUUUGCUGACAUAACCGCUUUCCUCUGUUUUCUUUCUCCUUUCUCUCUCCGACUCCCAGAGAGAAGCGAGUACAACAACCAAUCGCAGAGACUGAAAAGCUUGAAGCUUUUCAAACGCGAAGAUGUUCUACUCGCAGUGCUUGCUGUCGAGAAAAGGGCCGUUGGGCGCCAUUUGGGUUGCCGCCUACUCUUUCAAAAAGCUCAAGAAGUCGCAGGUCAACCAGACCGACAUCUCCUCCUCCGUCGAUAAAAUUUUGCAGGAUGAAUGGGAUGCUGUUGCUUACAGGGUGCUGGCCUACCUUCUUCUUGGCGUUGUUCGAAUAUACUCCAAGAAAGUUGAAUAUCUGUAUAAUGACUGCAAUGAAGUGCUGGUUAAAAUCAACAAAUUUGUAGUCAGUACAAAAAAGAAUGCAGGCCCAGAUAAGCUGCGUGCACCUUAUUACGCUGUUACCCUACCUGAUAGGUUUGAACUUGAUGCUUUCGAUCUGGGGAUCCUUGAAUUUGAAGAUGUCAGUGGAGGCAAUGUGGUGUCCCAUGAAGAUAUCACACUUAAAGAUAGUGCAUAUGGAAGAGGACAAUUUUAUUCAGGAAUGUAUGAUUAUGAGGAAUUUGAUGCCUGCGACACCCCAGUCAAAGAUGUACUUUCAUCUCACUGGUUGGACUUUGACAUGGAGCUACGAGCAUCGAGUAGUGGAGCCAAGUCAGCACCAGUUAUGGAGGAGUUUCAUGAGAAUAGGUUCUCUCAAGAAGAAUGCGUUGACCUAGAAAGAUUUUGUAGAGUUGAGGAUGAACCUCCAAGACAAGUUAAAUCAUCUGGUGAAGGUCAAGAAACUCAUGGAGAGCAGUUAAGGGCUCCAGAUAUAGCACUUCUUGGAGAUGCUAUUCGAGGAGAAGCAAUCCCGGCAGAAAAACUUGAAGACCAUAGGUUGUCUCAUGAAGGUUUGAACCUUGAGACAUUCGAUGGGACUGAGAGAGAACCUUCCCACCAUGUUAGAACAUCCAGUGAAGAUCAUCAGAUUGAUCGUGAGGAGGUUAUGGAACCAGAGUCGGUACAACCAGAAAGUCAGACAUGUCCGAGUAUAGUACAAGACCAUAAUCUAAUCACUGUAGAAGCUGGCAUGGAAAAGUUGCAGAGUUGUACAGUAUCUCAAGAAGACUACAUGGACAUUGAUACAUUUAAUGGGGUGAAGCAACCUCGAGAACUUGUUUGUCCAUCUGGUGAAACAAAUCAUAAUGAUGGAGAGCCAAAAAAACUACCCGAGAUGAUUUCACCAGAUAGUAAAGAAUGUCAAAUUAUUAUGCAAGAAGAUCCAGAUCCUCUCUCUGUUUCAUGUGAUGGAACUCCUGGUGUCAAAAUCCCCGAUGCAGGUGUUAUUGCACCAAAGUUUAUGGUUAUUCGUACACCAGCCUCUAAGGAGUUCGCUCGAUUUUCUAAGAAAAGAAAAUGUGUCAUGGAUGAUAUGACAGUCCUGCCUAAUGAGAUAAUCAGGAAAAGCAUAAAUGAUCCAAGUGACUUGGUUUCUAAAAGAAAAAAAGUUCCUCAAACUGCCCUUGCUGUCUGGAAAGCCAGUCGAAUUGUAAAUCUUUGCUGUGAUUUCUCAGAGCCAUUGAUACCUGCUGCUGUUUCGCAAGAACUUGUAUCCCUCUUCUGCAAAAAGAAAUUAAAGAUUACAGUACCUGCCAAACCAGUUGCCCCUCCAGAAAAGUUAGAUGCGCCUGAAUCUCCAAGUGUUGUUAGGUCAGAGCAAAUAGAAAUUGCACCAGAAACACCCAUUCUUUGCUCACAAGCAAUGAAAUCAUUUGGGAGUCCAAAGAGCCCUGAUGCUACUGAUAUGGAUAUCGUAACACCUGAGACAUCUGGAAGGGUAGAGAAAGAGGAGCCACCCCUUGACAGUGAACAAGCUGCACCAUCUGGAUAUGCAGAAGAAGUACGAUUUAUGGACAGGGAUCAGGAACAUGAUUUCAAUUUGUUGAAUGAGGACAUUGAUUCGUACGAAGGAGUUAACCCACAACUGGAGGGAUUGUCAGCGAGAACAAGAAUUGUCGCAAUGUACUUUCAUAGACACUUUCCAAACUGUAAAAAUCGAGGAGAGGAGAAAGUGAACUUGUUGGAGGUUUCGGAUAGAAGAACUAAGAAAGAAAGUGCAAGGCUGUUUUAUGAGCUACUGGUGUUGAAAACUCAAGGGUAUGUGAAUGUGAAGCAACAUGAUGCCUAUGGUGAUAUACUGAUCUCAAGACGUCCGAAAUGGGACCAAACGUGGGGAGACGACGAUACGGACAACAAAGGCACCUCGGAAACUAUGUACUUGUGUGCGUAGCAUACGGAGUCCUGCAUACAUUGUAGAUGGUGCAAGUUUUCGUAGUCGUACAGUCCCCUUGCAGCAAGUUUUUAGUUGUAAAUUUAGUGUUUUUCGAAGUUUUCGUUAGAAGAAUUUUAGAUAGAAAGGGUACAGUAGUUGUUGGUUCAAGUUUUAAAGCUUUCUGGUGGACUCUGAGCACCCACCAUUGAGCUUAGUUUUGUUGAAUCUCCAAUUCUGUAAACAUCACCAAUUUUUCGGAUUUUGACAAAUAAAUGUUAAUUCAAUAGUUAUUUGAAUUUGUU